AUGUCGUUAAUUUGUGCAAUUACAAAUGAAGUUCCAGACACCCCAGUGAUUUCUCCUCAUUCUGGAGCCAUCUUCGAAAAGCGUAUAAUAGAGAAAUAUCUAUUGGAAAAUGGAUGCGAUCCCAUCACUGGACAGGAGAUGAAAGCCGAAGAACUUAUCGAAAUUAAGACGCCACCAAUUGUGAAACCCAAGCCGCCGAGCGCCACAAGUAUACCGGCCACGUUGAAAACCCUUCAGGACGAAUGGGACGCCUUAAUGUUGCAUUCAUUUACCCAAAGACAACAGUUGCAGACUACACGUCAGGAGUUGUCACACGCUUUAUAUCAGCACGACGCAGCAUGUCGUGUAAUUGCUCGUCUCAACAAAGAAGUAGCCGCGGCACGAGAAGCCUUAGCCACUCUAAAGCCCCAGGCUGGAAUAGGAUCUUCUGCUGCUCCUACUUCUAUCCCACAACCUGCAAUUGCUUCCGAAGCUGCAGGAGUUGCCACACAACCGAUUGAACAGGCGGGUAUGAGCGCCGACGUAAUUCAAAAGUUGCAAGAUAAAGCCACAAUUUUGACACAAGAAAGAAAGAAGCGUGGUCGCACAGUUCCAGAGGAGCUGGUUACUCAAGAGCAGAUUAAAACAUUUUUAACAACUGCUUCUCACCCGGGCUUACACUCUGCCUCUAUUCCUGGUAUCUUAGCACUGGACAUUAAUUCAGCGGACCACAGCAAAAUAUUAACAGGAGGAAACGACAAAAAUGCAACAGUUUUUAACAAAGACACAGAACAAGUUGUCGCAAUUUUAAAGGGACACACAAAGAAAAUUACUAAAGUAAUAUAUCACCCUGAUGAGGACACUGUUAUUACUGGUUCUCCUGACAUGACUAUACGCAUUUGGAAUGUACCAUCGUCCCAAACGCAGUUGCUGUUAAGAUGCCACGAUGGACCAGUUACUGGUUUAUCUCUACAUCCCACUGGAGACUAUGUACUAUCUACGUCAUCCGACAAACAUUGGGCUUUCUCUGAUAUAAGAACAGGACGUUUACUGACGAAGGUUAUAGAUACAGCCGAAGUUGGUCUAACGACUGCCCAAUUCCAUCCUGAUGGUUUAAUUUUUGGAACUGGCACUGAUGAUUCCCAAGUCAAAAUUUGGGAUCUAAAAGAACAAAGCAACGUGGCAAAUUUCCCAGGUCACACUGGACCCAUUUCCGCUAUAUCUUUUUCAGAAAACGGCUACUACUUGGCAACGGCUGCUGAUGACGCUUGUGUAAAAUUGUGGGAUUUGCGAAAAUUAAAAAAUUUUAAAACAAUUCAACUAGACGACUUUUACACUGUCAAAGAUUUAUGCUUCGAUCAGAGUGGUACUUACUUGGCCAUAGCAGGUUCCGAUGUUAGAAUAUACUUGUGUAAACAAUGGCAAGACUUGAAAAUAUUUAACGAUCAUACAGCACUUGCCACAGGAGUUCGAUUUGGAAAACAUGCUCAAUACAUUGCAUCGACGAGUAUGGACCGUACAUUGAAGUUGUACGCCAUAGAAUAAACUUUGAUUUUCAAUUAAGUGUUU